ACAUAAAAGAAAUCUUCAUUGGCCACGUCUUGGUGUUGAGCAUUUCUUCGGAAUCUUCCUUUGCAAUUUACAGGCGCUGAACUUGUUUAAGGGUACCUAUUGGCAUCCAAGCAAUCCUCUUUCUACACGUCUUGUUGAGUAUUUCCGGUUCCGCUAGCUACUUAUAGUCAGCGUUUUUGCAAAAGGACUAAUAAUAGAAUUUAUUAUAUGAAAUGGCAUCAUCAACCACAGUCAAGGGGCGCGCUGACUCCCGUUACGUGAAGCUUGCAGAGCUAUCCCCCAAGCUCCUCUUCCUUCUUUUGCUGGUGUCUAACCUCUCCCUUGUCUUGGCUGGCUUUGUUGGAUACUCGAUCAUCACUCGUCUCUUUGGUCCAUUUUCUUGCAAAGAGAUCAGGUCUAUGCUUUUUAACAAGGCUGAAAAGAAAAAGUGCAUUUUUGCAGAAAUUCAAGCACGCACAUCUCACAUUUCUCUCACAUCCGCUUGGGCAGUUUUGAUCUUCUUUGGCAUUCUCUUCGUCUCCAGCGUGUACAUCAACCUAUUUGUCUUGAAGCAUAUGUUUAAGAAGAGGAGCAAGGCCGAAUAAGAUGCAUAUUAUGUGUAUAAGUGUUACGAUUGUGUACUUGUGACUCCACAAGCGUUAAUUUCUGGUAUUUGCAGGU